AUCGCCCAUUCGCAUCUCAUUUCUUAAUUUCAAUCCAUUCAACAGUUUCUUGUUGCUAUUGACAACCUUCGACUAACCCGCUGCUGUCGGCUAUUGAUCACGUGCAUACACCGGCUAUUCACCUUCCUUGUUGCUCCGCCAAUGGGAGCGGGGUAAUCAAUUGCCGCGCAACCAAAUGACAUACCACCACCCGUUUAUUGGAAUUGCUCCUUUGGGGGUAAUGAAUAGCCGAUAUCUAAAGCGUACUAUAUACUCCCCGAUCGUCCCGUAGCAACUGGGCUAAAUACAGAUGUUGCUCUAUGUUGUCAGAUUAAGCUACAGAUCUAGUCGUAUUAUGUAUUACUAUGUAUUACUAUGUAUUACUAUCAUCCGUGGUAGCCGUAGGUUAGCAAGGUAUGUAAAGCUCGGCGGCAUUUGUCCCGAAGCACCGCAAAUGCUGGUCGGGUAUUUCGGGGUUUAUGCCGUGGCGUACAUAUAUGCAGGGUAGUAUUGUGUUAAGGGCUCGGGGG